GGGAAGAAGAACCAUCACCUACUUUCGCCGCCAAAGACGGAUUUAAUAACGCAGGGGCGAGGCAGGCAAACGCGCCGGCCACCCAUGGAAGGAAAGUCGGAGCAAAAGCCAAAAACUUCCUUGACUACGGCAGGUGCAGCUAGAGUAGAGUCGAGGGAUGUGUCGCCUAUGGACUUGAGUGUGUCUUGUUCCUUUCCAGCCUCCUGCACCAUCCUGCCCCUGCAAUUUCACUACAGGUUCAACUAGUCUUCUUACGAUGGGCGACAUGACGACUCCGGACUUUGAUGACCUGUUGGCAGCCUUUGACAUCCCUGACCUGGAUCCAAAGGACACCAUGGAUUCAGGCCAAGAGGAUGUCUCGUUGAAGCAGACGGCCAUACCCACUAGCAAGACCCCGGUCGGCGAGCUUGCAACGGCCCCACCCGAGGAACCAACAGUCAGCGUGAUUGUCAAGAACAGCCUCAGCCCCAAGCAGUGUGACCCUAUCCCCAUCCCCGCUCACAACAAGGAUGUCUGCCAUUUUGACACCAGUCCCAUGCACAACGGCUUUGAGGUGACCUCGGUGCCCGGCUCACCGAAGCUGGCAUCACCAACCUCUGACUGCAACAGUUGGUCGAGUGGGCAGAGGAAAGUUGGUGUGGCCCACGGAGACGAAGAAGCCGAGGGACUCCCUACUUUGAGUCCGGCUGCCGGGCUGGAAGCAGGGUGCAUUGUGAAGACCGAGGAGCAGUUGGAUGAGGAAAAGGACCACCGCUUCCCCCCGUGCUCCCCCCUCUUCCCCAUUCCACAGGUCUCCGAAGCCACGAAUCCCAAAGAGUCAGGCGACAGCGCCGCCGAGGAGCCGGCCAUCGGAUAUGCCCGGAAGUUUGGAGCGGGGGGCGAGAAGCAAAGGAGGGAAAGCGUAAAAGCCAGGUCCUCGGAGGACGAGGAGGAGGAGGAGAAGCCAUCGGACGGGGAGUCGGAGGAGGUGGAGCAAAGCAGCGAGCUGGAAGGCAGCCUGGCGGAGGAGCCCAGAGAGGCAAGGAAUGAUCCCAGCUCCUCCCCUACCCCCGUCUCCCCCGACUUGUGGCCGGCCCCCGGUGCCACCUCGAGCACUGCCGUGCCAAAGUCUCCGGACGGGACGGCCGAGCUGCAGCCACAGAGCCCGGCCGGAACCUCGGCCACCAGGGGCAGCCCGGGGGUGUUCCCGUCGCCCCCUGUCCUCGGCCGUCCGAUCAAGAAGGAGCCCGAGAGCCCCCGCAGUGUCUCGAGCAACGACGGGGACGACAGCAGCAGCAAGGAGUCGUCCUCCACCAGCUCGUCCCGGCCGCUGAAGGUGCGGAUCAAGACCAUCAAGACCUCCACUGGGGGGAUCAUGCGGACAGUGACCAGGGUCUCGUCCGACUCCGAGCUGCGCUCCGAGGGAGCUGCGGCCCCCGAGCACGAGGAGGAGCAGAUGGAGGUGGAGGAGGGCCAGAGGAGUCCGCUCCCAGCCAAGGAGGAGGAGGCGGCGGCGGCCCCUGCCCCUCCCCGAUGCGACGGGGCCGAGGUCAUCAGCCUCCAGCUGGGCAAUGGCACCAUCGUGAAGGGGACCGUCCUGCCCACUUCCACCUUCCACAAUGCCAGCAGCGCCAUGCUGAUGGCCGCCAGCAUUGCCCAGAAGGCCACCCAGGUGCCGGCCAAGGGGGCGGGCAAGGGCGUCUCCAAGAGCGUCCACUUGGCCAGCCUGAACCUGGUGCCCCAGACCCUGCCGGCCGCCAGCCCCUCCAAGUCGCUGGCCCUGGCGCCCAGCUACGUCACGAAUGCCGCCGCCACCACCACCCUCCAGCUAGCCACCAAGUCGCAGACCAAAGUGGGCCAGGCCGCCAACGGCUCGGGCGUCCGCAGCCAGGCCCCCCUGGUGGAGGCCUUCCACAAGCUCCUCAACAGCAAGAACCCCCUACCCACCUACAAGCCCAACCUCAGCCCCCCGGCUGACAGCUGCCUGGCCCUGCCGCCCUGCGGCUACCGGUGCCUGGAGUGCGGCGACGCCUUUGCCCUGGAGAAGAGCCUGGCCCGGCACUACGACCGCCGCAGCAUGCGGAUUGACGUGACCUGUAACCACUGCGCCAAGAGGAUCGUCUUCUUCAACCGCUGCAGCCUGAUGCUGCACGCUCGUGAGCACAAGGACAAGGGGCUAGUCAUGCAGUGCUCCAACCUGGUCAUGAAGCCCAUCGCCCUGGACCAGAUGGUGGGCCAGCCCGACGUGGCUGCCCCCAGCUCUUCCAACCUGGCUGGCAGGAGCGUGGCGGCAGGCGAACAGCCCUCGCCGGUGAUGCCUCUCUUCCCCGACCCGGCUCUCAUUGACUGCGACACCUACUCCUGCAAUGAAUGCAACCAGCAGUUCCCCGACCGCAUCGGACUGGCCAGCCACUUCCAGCUGGAGACCCCGAAUUCUGUUGCUCAGGUCUGUCAGCUCUGCCAGAUGUUACUCCCCAGCAAGUGCAGCUACUUCGCCCAUUACCGGCUUCACAAGAGCAAGUCGCCGUACAUCUGCCCGGAGUGUGGCGGGGUCUGCCGGGCAGCACACAUCCAGGGCCACGUCAAAGACGUCUGCUUCCAUUUCACCCGCAAGGUCGGAUACAAGUGCCCCCAGUGCGGAGUGGUAUACGGAGGAGUCACCACAAUCAAGUCCCACAUUCAAGAUGUGCACUGCGAGGCUUUCCACAAGUGCCCGAUAUGCCCAAUGGCUUUCAAGUCUGCGCCAAGUGCCCAUUCGCACAUCUACACCCAGCACCCGGGUGUGAGCAAUCAGCAGGCCAAAGUGAUUCACAAAUGCGCCAUGUGCGACACGGUCUUCACGCACCAGCCGUUGCUGAGCGUCCAUUUCGACCAGCACCUGACCAAGCAGCGGGUCAGUGUCUUCAAGUGCCCGCAGUGCCCGGUGCUUUUCGCCCAGAAGCGGACAAUGGUGGAGCAUGUCAAGAGCACCCAUUCCAACCUGAAGAGCGAGGAGGCGGUUCAAAGCCGGACGGUCAUGCCGGACAAACCGGCCCUGAAGUCGAGCCCCGACUCCACGGACUCCUUCACCGACGACUCGUCCUCCAGCCCCAAGGCCGUCCUCAGCCUCCAGCGGAGGAAGGAGAUGAGGCUGAAGCUGAAGAACGCGGGCUGGACUUGCGGCCAGUGCCAGAUGUGGUUCCCCGAGCGCGAGGAGUACGUGACCCACAUGAAGAAGGACCACGGCAAAGCAAUGAAAAAGUUCCCAUGCCGGCUCUGCGAGAGAUCAUUCUGUUCAGCACCCAGUUUGCGAAGACACGUCCGAGUGAACCACGAGGGGAUCAAGCGCGUUUACAACUGCCGACACUGCAUCGAGGGCAAGCGGACCUUUAGCAGCCGCCUGACUCUGGAAAAGCACCUGCAGGUCAUCCACGGCAUUAACUUGGCGGACCACAUCCAGGACCAGGAGAACCUCUUCGAGAGAGUGAGCAUUAAGACGACCAUCCGUAAGCGACCUGCCUCGAGGGACGGGCUGGAGCGCUGGGGCCCGGAGGCGGCCAAGAGCCGGAAGGUGAAUGGCAGCUCCCCGUACCGCUGCAUGAAGUGCGGCUACACCACCAACAGCUUCCCCGACUUCCACAAGCACAUCUCGCAGCACCGGACGGGCGGCUCCACCUACCAGUGCCGCCAGUGUGGCCUGUGCUUCGCCGCGCACCCCUCGCUCAACCGCCACCUCUUCAUCGUGCAUGGGUUGAAGGAGUCUGAGGGAGCCAAGGCCGGCGGGCAGGCGGGAGAGACCGAGGGCCUGAGACUGGAGGGCAGGGUGAUCUGUGACGUGUGUGGGAAGCUGUUCGACAGCGAGCCACUGCUAAAGACGCACUUCCGGACUCAUGGAAUGGCCUUCAUCAAAUCCAAGCAAAACGGUCUGGAUAAGUAGCGGGCCAGGGUCGGUUACCUUACCCUUGGAGUUUGGUUGGGCAGGGGAAAGCUGUCGGCCGUGACGGUGGAAAGCCGACUCCUUCCCCCAUUGCUGCACGUUCUCGCUGCGGUUUCACUGGGCGGGGCUCUGGGGUGGGGGGCAGUGGGUGGGGGGGGGGUGCACUUACUGUGGCAGAAUCUCAGUGGGCGGGUGGAGGGCAGCGGAGAUUACUCUGUGGCCUCCCCUUCCCCUGGGUUAUUGGGGGGGCAGUCUGAACAGUUAACCUCCUCUCCCUCCAUCCCAGUGAGAUUUUCUUCUCCCCCCCCCCCCCACCCCCCCAAAAAAAAUCCGAUGAUGAGGGGACGGGAAGACGAAUGACUGACGCCACCCCUCCCAUGGCUAACCAUCCCAAAAGGAGUGGAUGGUGACGGGUUAGCAGGUUGAAAUGGCUGCAGCAGGAGGCACAGAGCAACGUCUGAAACGGUAAUCCCGGGCGGGAACCGGAGGCACUCGUUCUUGAUGCCAUCUAUAGUACUCCCACAACCACACAAACCCCGAGACCCAUCCCAAUUGCUUCCUCCCUCCACUUCCUGAGCCACAGAGGGAGUUUUCCCGGAGUGCUGGGCUGUUCCAGCUUCGCUCUGGGCGGCAGGGAGAAGGGGGACUUACUGUCCGCACACCAGCUCUUGAAUCUUGCCCGCAUUGAGUGCAGGGGCACUCCUUCCCCUCACGAGCCCACCCGUGCCCAUGCAUCAGUGCAGGGAGCAGCUGGGAUUGCUUCACGGGCACAGACGUGGCAGCUUCUGAUCUGUGCACCUUAAGAUCAUCUGCUUUUCAGUUGUGUCCCAGAGGAAGGCAGUGUUGAGUUUGCUGGUGUGUGUGGAAAGGUGCCAGAUCAGACCCAGUGAGGGAGCUCGGCUUGUGGUACUGUGGCCUUGUUUGUAUCCCCACACCCCUCCCCUCUCCCCGUUUGGUCUUCCUCGGGACCAGCUGCUGGAGGAUGCUCCCAAUCCCACUCUCGUCUCUCCCCGAAUCCAGAGAAGCAGCCGGCUCGAGGAAACUCGUGUAAUUCCAGGCAUGUGGGUGAGUUCUGAGGGGACGUGGAGGAAGAGAGAGGUAUAGAUAGGCCAGGGCUGAGGGUUCGGUAUUCUUGCUCCCUCUCACCUGACCAGUGUAGCCGGUGCUGGGGACACGAGGUGGCAGACGCCAGAAUCUGGAGCAACAAACGAACUGCUGGAGGGGACUCCUCAUGCAGCGUUUUUGACCCCAAAGCGUCAACGAUUCCUCUCCCUCCCCCACAGAUGCUGCUCGACCCGCUGAGUUCCUCCAGCAGUUUGUUGGUCAGACGUUGCUGGCUUCGUGCCCCUGUCACUCACCACAGGCCUCGCACGAGCCUUUGACCCAUCCGGGGUCAGGCAGUGAGGGACGGGACAAUGUGGGGACGUGGCAGGAGAUGGCUCCUGAAUUCUGCAGCUCCCCCCCCUCCGUGCAAAGAAACGGCUGGAUACCCUGCCCCAGGCAUCACUGGAGCUGAAACCUUGCCUGCAGCGCUGGGCGGGACCUGACCUUGGAACUAAAGCACAUAUGGUUAGACAGGACACAGCAGCUACCGAGCGUGUGGUGGUGCCUCACAGUCGAUUCUGAAGGGGGGGGGAGGGGGGUCGGUGGAGCCUUUUAUUUUUAUACAUUUUGUGAGUCAUUUUGAAUUUACGAAGCUUCCAUUGUUUGAGGGCGUGCUGGAUGGUUUCUCUAUGUUAAAGCCCUGAGUCCGGGGUUAAGCUGGUGACAGCCUGCAUCACUGACCGGGAGCUGCACCAUCCCCUGCACUCGGAUCCACUGGGAUCUGACGUGAUGCCUUCUGUGGACAAAUAGCCCGAUUUAUGGAAAGUAGCCAGGAUCUGUUUGCCCACAUGGCAGGAGGGGUGAGAGUACUGGGGUUGUUGGUUAGUGGUGGAGAGUUGGGAUUUGCACUAAACACAAAUCUCUGGAGAUGUUGGAAGGAGGGCACUUCCAAUGUGUGAGCAAUGGAGGUCCACAGCUACCCUGGAGUGUGGAGGGAGCCUCUGGAGGGUCCAGGAGCCAGGAUUGAAGUGUGGACUCGUAGGGGUCCCAAGACCCAGGAGCGUCCUGUCUGCCAUUCUCCUGCGCCAUUCUACUGGGCUAUGAGGGGUCACUGUUUCCAUUGGUGGGCCGUGCGCUGCCCCAGCCAGUUGAAUAGCCCACUGGCAGCGAUUUCCCUUGGGCGAAAGGUGGCGGAGGUGGAGUUCGCAGCCUGUGGCGCUGCGACCCAGCACCAGCCAACAGCAUGCUGGGGAAGGGAGAAUCGAUCGGCACAGUCUUUCUCCAAGGAGUGUCCUAGCUGAAGGGACUGGGUGAUUGGGCGAGGCUCAAGUUCAGUCCAGACACCAGGCGCAGAGGGGUAGUUGGAACAUGGGCUUGGGACCAUUGACGGCUCAACCCCUUGCUCCCAAGGCACCAGGAAGCACACCUGCACUGAUUUCUUUCAGGGUAUGUGGAUACAGCACUAUGAAGACUACAAGAAUUUCCUAGUAACCUGUAUCGUCACACCACGUCAUUGAGCCUUCGUCAGCGCUAAGUCGCCUGUCCUGACCCAGGUAGGAGUUGUUAUCACUGGCCCCCAUGCUCCUGAAACGGUGGGGAGAAUAGGUGUGGUACUUUGCAAGCACAUGGGUUGGAGAGAGAGAGAGACCCACUGCGCCUCUUGGGUUUGUGAGCGUGUGAAUCUCACAAACCCACAGGACCCAGGGAGACAGCAAGUGAAAUUUGUCAUCGCUGUAUGUAAUCAACAUGUCACCCUCCUCCGCGUGAAGGAAUGGGGCGCCUGUGAAGUGCACGCACUUAACCCCAUCCACAGUACUGUCGAGAUUCUGGAAUCCAUCAGAGGUCUAUUCUUUAAAGGAGUGGUUUCCUUCUCACUUUGCAAAGAAAAUAAAUUGUAAUUUUUAUUUAGAAUUUAUUUAUAUAUUGAAAUUGUAGUCACAGAGAAUAAAAGAUUUCUACUGUUUGA